AUGAAGUGUUCUAUAAUUCUAGCAGCCGCCGCGGUGGCUCUGGCAAACGCCGCUGCAUCUCCAGCAAGGAUCGAAGCCAGAGCAUCCGCCUCCUCUACCGGCUCUGCCACCCUACCAACUGUGACAGUGAAGGGCAAUGCGUUCUUUGCCGGCAACAACCGCUUCUACAUUCGAGGAGUUGACUACCAACCCGGCGGUUCAUCCAAUGUUUCCGACCCCAUCGCAGACACGAAUGGUUGCCAGCGUGACAUUGUCGAGUUCAAGAAGCUAGGCAUAAAUACCAUCCGCGUAUACACCGUGGACAAUACCGCGAACCACGACACCUGCAUGAACGCCCUCGCAGCAGCAGGCAUUUACCUCGCACUGGACGUCAAUACGCCUAAAUACUCGAUCAACCGAGGCGAUCCCGCCCCGUCGUACAAUGCGGCGUACCUUCAGAACAUCUUCGCAACGAUCGAUGCUUUCGCCCACUACACCAAUACGCUUCUGUUCUUCUCCGGCAACGAAGUCAUCAACUCGGACGACACGACCAACUGUGCGCCGUAUGUGAAGGCCGUGACCAGGGAUAUGAAGCAAUACAUUGGGAGUCGCGGGUACCGUUCAAUCCCUGUCGGGUAUUCGGCGGCGGAUGUGGAGAGUAAUCGGUACGAAAUGGCGACCUAUAUGAACUGCGGGCCAAGUGACCAGCGCAGCGACUUCUUCGCUUUCAACGACUAUUCCUGGUGUGAUCCGUCUUCGUUCACGCAGUCGGGCUGGGACAAGAAGGUGGUGCAAUACGGCAACUACAGUAUCCCGUUGUUCCUUUCUGAGUACGGCUGCAUUACGAAUCAGCGGGCUUUCCAGGAAGUCUCGUCUCUUUACGGUUCACAGAUGACUUCCGUCUAUUCCGGCGGCCUUGUCUACGAGUACUCCGAGGAGGGCAACGGUUUCGGCCUUGUCACCAUCAACGGCAACACCGUUACCGAGCAUUCCGACUUCACGGCGCUUGAGACUCAGCUAAGCCAGAAUGUUCCCAGCGGCGACGGCGGGUACAGAUCUAGCGGUGCGCCCAGCGUUUGCCCCAACACGAGCUCAACUUGGGAGGUCACGGGUUUUACUGGCGAGAUGUUGCCAGCGAUCCCCUCUGGCGCCGUGCAGUACAUGUCGAAGGGCGCCGGCACGGGUCCAGGUCUUACUGGAACCGGGUCGCAGACUGCUGGUGGUGCUAGUUCCGGGACCGCUACGCCGGGCAGUGGUGCGGUGACUGCUACCUCGAGGGCUCAACUUGCUUCGGCCUCGAGUGCGGCUCGGUCUCUUGUCCAGGGUGAUAUGGGAGUUGGACCUUUUGUCUGCGGUGUGGUUGUGCUUCUCAGCACGCUUCUUGGCGCCUCUUUGCUGUGA